UCUCGAUGGACGCACCCCUCUUCAGGCGUCAUGUAAUAGCUGACCGUCAUAAACAAACUAUAGUUUGUCGAUGUGCCAGGAUUCCUUGUUAAAUGGCGUCUAGUUGUGUGGCCAAAGUUGAAAGUAUUGACUUUCCUGAAGAAGAUAUUCCUUUUGAAGAGGAAAUCCUUCGAAAUGCAUAUUCUGUAAAACAUUGGUUGCGCUAUUUGGAGCAUAAGGCAAAGUCUUCAAACUUGGAAAUAAAUACUAUUUAUGAAAGAGCUUUGAAAGAACUCCCUGGUUCGUAUAAAAUAUGGUAUAAUUAUUUGAGAACCAGAAGAAAUCAGGUGCGAGGCAGUUCCGCUUUAGACAUAAGAUAUGAAGAAGUUAACAAUUGUUUUGAGAGAGCCUUGGUCUUCAUGCACAAAAUGCCUAGAAUUUGGAUAGAUUAUUGUAUUUUUAUGACAAACCAGUUAAAGAUAACAAGGGCUCGUCAUGUAUUCGAUAGAGCUUUGAGAGCAUUGCCCAUAACACAACAUCAUAGAAUAUGGCCUAUAUAUUUAAAGUUCGCUAAGGGGACUAAUGUUCCGGAAACAGCUGUAAAAAUUUAUAGGCGUUAUCUUAAACUGUUUCCUGAUGAUAUUGAAGAAUUUAUAGAAUACUUAAUUGCUCAAGAGAAACUUGAUGAUGCAGCUCAACUGCUAGCCACAUUAGUUGAUAAUGAAAAUUUUGUUUCAAAACACGGAAAAUCGAAUCAUCAGUUAUGGAACGAACUCUGUGAACUAAUAUCGAAGCAUCCCAACAAAGUGCACUCUCUAAAUGUCGAUGCUAUUAUUCGAGGGGGGUUAACAAGAUACACAGACCAAUUGAGUCGUUUAUGGAAUUCCUUAGCUGAUUACUAUGUGCGAAGUGGACUGUUUGACCGUGCUAGAGAUAUUUAUGAGGAAGCAAUUCAAACUAUUACAACGGUAAGAGACUUUACUCAGGUUUUUGACGAAUACGCACAGUUUGAAGAGGUAAGUCUUAGUAAGCGUAUGGAAAAUAUGACACAAAAAAAAAACGUUACUGAGGAAGAUGACAUUGAAAUAGAGCUACGUUUAGAGCGUUUCGAACAUCUUAUGGAUCGUCGCUUAUUGCUUCUGAAUAGUGUUCUGCUUCGGCAAAACCCACAUAAUGUCCCCGAAUGGCACAAAAGAAUAAAGCUUUAUGACUCAAAACCACACGAAAUUAUUAAUACCUACACUGAGGCAGUUCAAACAGUACAACCGAAACUAGCGGUUGGCAAAAUAAAUACUCUUUGGAUAGAAUUUGCUAAGUUCUAUGAAAAAAAUGGACAAAUUGAAGAUGCUCGUGUUGUUUUCGAGAAGGCGUCUCAAGUAGACUAUGUAAAAGUUGAUGAACUUGCAUCUGUUUGGUGUGAAUGGGCAGAAAUGGAAAUUCGCCAAAAAAAUUUUAAUUUUGCUUUGAAAUUAAUGCAAAGAGCAACAUUAGUGCCAAAGAAGAGAGUAGAUUAUAAUGACGAAACAGAAUCUGUACAAGAACGUCUUUAUAAAUCCCUAAAAAUUUGGUCAAUGUAUGCUGAUCUGGAAGAAAGUUUUGGAACUUUCAAAACGUGUAAAUCGGUUUAUGAUCGAAUUAUUGACUUGAAGAUUUGCACUCCACAAAUAAUUAUUAACUACGGUCUGUUCUUGGAGGAGCACAGUUACUUCGAAGAGGCGUUUCGUGCGUACGAAAAAGGAAUCGCUCUUUUUAGAUGGCCAAAUGUAUUUGAUAUUUGGAACACUUAUCUUACUAAGUUCUUAAAACGAUAUGGAGGAUCAAAGCUUGAAAGAAUACGGGAUCUUUUUGAACAGUGCCUUGAAAAUUGUCCAUCGGACAUGGCCAAAUACUUUUAUCUUUUGUAUGCUAAAUUAGAAGAAGAACAUGGCUUGGCUCGCCACGCAAUGGCAGUUUAUAACCGUGCGACAACUGCUGUUAAACCUGAAGAAAUGUUCGAUAUGUUCAAUAUUUUCAUUAAAAAAGCCGCAGAUAUUUAUGGUUUACCAAAAACUAGAGAAAUUUACGAAAGGGCCAUUGAAGUUCUUCCUGAAGAACGGAUGCGAGAUAUGUGUGUUAGAUUCGCCGAAAUGGAAACAAAACUUGGUGAAAUUGAUCGUGCCAGAACAAUUUAUGCCCAUUGUAGCCAAGUUUGCGAUCCUCGAACUACAGCUGAAUUCUGGCAAACUUGGAAAGAGUUUGAAGUAAGGCACGGGAAUGAAGAUACUAUGCGUGAAAUGUUGCGAAUUAAACGUGCUGUACAAGCUACAUAUAACACUCAGGUUAACAUGAUGGCUGCUCAAUUAUCUAAUAGUAAUGUAGAACACACCAGAGAUGGUAUGCGUUUGUUGGAUACCCACACGUCUGAGACAAAAAUAAAACUAAACGAAAAAAAUAUAAACAUCACAUUUAUCCAUGGAGGGACCCAAGGUAUAAGCGACAAAGAUCAAGAAAUGAAUCCAGAUGAAAUAGAUAUCAGCGAUACCGAUGAGGAAGAUAAUGAUGAAAGCUGUGAAAAUCUAUAUAAAACUUGUUCAACUGAAGCAGCAGCAAUGAAAAAAAUGCACAUAGAAAAGCAAUUAAUACCCAAAAAUGUUUUCAAGGGAUUGAAAAUGUCGAAUAAAGAUGGAAACAAAAAUAAUGAAAAUUGAUCAAUUAUGUAUAUUCUAUUCAGUCAUAUAAAAUUCAUGACAUAAAAUCUGAAUACUAAUAAAUCAUCAGUCUCAAAGUUUUAUGUUUUGCGAACUUCAGAAUUUGUCAGAUUUGAUUAAAGAAUAAAAAUGUUUUCAUAAAUGAGCACAAUUUGUCAUUUUAA